CCCAAAGCAUCUUCGUCUUUCUUAUUUUAUUUUAUUUUAUUUUCUUAUUUUCAUUUUAUUCAUACUUUAAUAAAGGAAAAUCGAAUCGCAUACUUUCUUCUCUAUAUUUAUCUUCUUAUUCAUCAUCAUCAUCAUCAUCUUAUUACUUACUUUAUAGAACAACCAAACCCUAGAUUUGCUGUUGAGGCUCAGGACCGUACAAACUGAAAAGUUUAGAGAUCUUGACCGUAGGCAUUAUGAAUACCAUCCCUUGGAAAGAUGCAAACGACGACGUUAGGACAAGACAUGAAGGAGAAAUCGAAGAAGCAAAAGAAGAAGCUGUCGUAGCCGUAGCCACCAGUGGAAAAACCGUGACUACGAAGCCGCCAACCUCGACUUCUUCUUCUUCUUCUUCGUGGAUGAAAUCAAAGGAUCCAAGGAUCGUUAGGGUUUCACGCGCCUUUGGAGGCAAAGACCGUCACAGCAAAGUGUGUACGUUGCGUGGUCUACGUGACAGACGUGUGAGAUUAUCAGUCCCCACUGCUAUCCAGCUCUAUGAUCUUCAAGAACGCCUCGGCCUCGACCAGCCUAGCAAAGCCGUUGACUGGUUGCUCGAUGCAGCCAAAGAGGAGAUCGAUGAGCUUCCUCCGUUGCCCGUCUCGCCCGAGACUUUCAGUCGUUUCAACCAUCAUCAGUCUUUCUUGAAUCUUGGUCAACGGCCGGGUCAAGAUCCGACCCAAAUCGGAUUUAAAAUCAAUGGGUCUGCUACUACUACUACUAGCUGUGAUGAAAACCACAACGAGAGUGGUGAUGAAAAGGAUGUCUCUUUAACAAACAGUCAUCACAUUGGGUCUUAUGGAGCCUAUCAGAACAUGGAACAUCAUCAUCAACAACAAAAUUCAAGUUUUCAGGCAGAUUAUCAUCACCAUCAACAUCAACUACAUAGUCUUGUCCCAUUUCCAUCACAGUUCUUGGUAUGUCCAAUGACCACAUUAUCAACAACAACAACAACAACUACACAAUCUUUGUUUCCCUCAUCGUCAUCAGCUGGUUCGUGGAAUAUGGAGGCAACAGAUCCAAGGCGAAUGGUAAGCCAUUUUCAAAUGCCAUUAAUGGGUAGUUCUUCUUCUUCUUCAGCAUCCCAAAACAUUUCGACUUUAUACUCAUUGUUACAUGGUAGUAGUAGUAAUCGGAUGUCGUCGGUCCAAUUCAACGGGACAAGUAGAGGAAGUGAUAAUCCUAUGUGAAAUUAGAUUAUGGAAACAAUUAAAUGUUCGAUGUGUUUUCAAGAGAGGGGACACGAAACAAAAAAUAAUACGGUAGUUAAUUUUCAACUACUUUUUUCCUGAUAUAUUUCUAUACAAGUUAACGUUAACUUGUGGAUCAAUAAAAUUACUAUGUUAGCGUUCAUGUGCUUUGAAUUUUCUCAUUUAUGUAUACGUAGCUUCUUCAUAUAGGAUCUAAC